AUGGCACUUCGCUAUACGGCUCUGAGUACAAUUGCCUGGUUGACUUUAACAUCCGCCCUACACCAGCCUGUUGCAAGAGAUCAUGGCUUCGUGGCGUCACCUGCCGUUCAGACGAUAAGACCUUACACAGCUCUUCCGCCAUCAGACGAUGCAUUCUACCAACCGACACCAGGCUAUGAGACCGAAGCACCAGGUACUAUCCUCAGAGCUCGCAGCCUACCACCACCCUCCGGCAUCAACGCCACCAUCUCCGCCUACUACCAAUUACUUUACCGCUCGACCGACAGCAACAACCAGCCAAAUGCGGUCGUCACAUCUCUCCUGAUCCCCGCCAACGCUAGCUUCGACAAAUUCAUCUCCUACCAAAUCCCCUACGACUCCCCAGCAACGGAUUGUGCGCCAUCCUACUCCUUCUCCGACCCCUCAACCAUCAUCGGCGGCACCGAGAUCUUCUCAGUAGCUCUCAGUGCAGGCCUCCCAGUCUCCAUCCCAGACUACGAAGGCUUCACCGCAGCCUUCGCAAACGGCAUCCAAUCCGGCCAAGCCUUACUAGACUCCAUCCGCGCAGUCCUCAACUCCGGCUACACCACAGGCAUCUCCCGCAACUCCAGCGUCGCACUCAUAGGUGGAUCCGGCGGAGCCCUAGCAAGCGAAUGGGCCCUCGAACUCCAACACUCCUACGCCCCUGACACCAAACCCUCAAUCGUAGCCGCACUGCUCACAGCGUUAACGCCGAAUAUAACCUCCGUCUUCCAAACCAUCGACGGCACGCUCUUAGCAGGAUUAACCCCUCUCUUCCUCGUCGGCCUCUCGAAACAAUCUCUCCCAUUAGCCACCUGGCUUUCUGAAAAUCUCUCACCAAACCCAACCCGUACCGCAGAAUUCCUACAAGCAGGAGAACUCUGCUCCGCGGACUUCGCUUUGACCUUCGUCAACCAAACUAUUGCUCCUUACUUCCGCGACCACAACUCCUCCAUCAUCUCGGAACCUAUCCCGCACGCUUUGAUCGAGGAAGUAGGUGUCAUGGGCCUCCACGGCGUCCCCAGCGUCCCCAUCUUCUUGUACAAAGGGACAGCGGAUGAGCUCAGUCCAGUCGCUGACACGGAUGCGUUGGUCGAAAAGUACUGCAAAAACGGUACUCAUGCUACAAUUGUUUAUCAGAGGGCUGUAGGAGCGAGUCAUGGUGACUCUGGAACUUAUGGAGCGGUGGCUGGGUAUCCUUGGUUGCUCGAGAGACUUGCGGGUGUGCCUGCUGCGAAGGGGUGCACGGUGAGUAAUGUGAAGAUCCCGACGACCACUGCGAGUUGA